AAAAACCAAAAGGAAAAUUAGUUCAAAAACCAGCAACAUCAGAACUAUCCUUUAGUGAAAACAACCUAUAUGUUGAAACAACAAAAGAAAGUACACAAAUAACUGAAAAACAAGAUGAACACAUGUUAGCAUCAAGCUACUCUUCAGAUGCAGAAGAAGAAAUCUUGUUGGACCCAGAAACUGAACCUCCAAACAAUGCUUCUAGUAACAACAAA